AUGGAGGCUGCGACUCUACCUCGCAUGGAAUCUGGAGCUUACCAGUGGAUCCUGGCCAUGCUCACUCGAGUCGGACUAAGGGAAAGGGAUCUCAAACCGGGCCAUCAACGCCUCCGGUGGAAGAAUAGUAGAACCACCAAACAUGCAUCCCCCCACCCCAACCCCCCACCCACUCCACCGUCUCCCGUGCCUCUUUCUCCCAUCUCCGACAAUACUGCAUAUCAGCCUGUGGUGGGAUUUAAUCUUGUCAUUGGUAUUGAAUGGUAUUUGGUGACUAGUAGUGACAUGCGCUGUUCACAUGAGAGGCCUAAUGGAUUCUUUGUUCAUCGGUAAGGUGGUAUAAUAAAUAGCCAGUCGGACAGCCGGAUCAAUGCGACUGAUGCAGAUGUCAGGAGAUGGGAUGUGUAUAGUGAUCCUGUUCCUGAUUGUCUGCCAAGAAGUGUAUAUUUGGCAUGCAGAUGUCUUU